AUGAUCUGUUUUCACACAAAAAACCCUUUAUGUUUAAGGAAAAAGGUUAUUCGUUUGUUUCCAACAAUGAGGAUCAUUUUGGAAGCAGCAAUUACGACAAGUGCUGGGGUCAUCAGUCUAGCUCUCUAUUCAUUCUGGGCUGUGAAAAGAGGCCAUGAUUUCAACUUCUCCGGACCCUUGUUAUUUGGUGCUCUCCUAAUGCUUAUUGUUCGUGGGUUCAUUCAGAUACUUUUCCCUCUCGGGAAGUUGUUAGCAAUGAUAUAUAGUUCCUUGGCUGCAAUCGUAUUCUGUGGUUACAUCAUAUAUGACACUGACAACUUGAUCAAGCGUUUCAGCCAUGAUGAGUACAUUUGGGCUACAAUCUCACUGUAUCUGGAUGUUGUCGAUCUGUUCCUUGGUUUCCUUGGUGCAUCCAAUACAUCAAGCUUUUCUACCAUUAAUGGAUAUUCAUAG